CUUCUUAUUCUCCAUCUUCUCUACUGAGAUUUUUCUUUAACAAAAAAACUCAUCCUUGAAUGCACGGUGGUGCAUGGAUGUGGAAUCAUAGCAAAAACGAAGAAUUGGAGGAUGAUGAUGAAUCUUGGGAAGUGAAAGCUUUCGAGCAAGACACUAAAGGCAACAUCUAUGGUACCACUUGGCCUCCAAGAUCUUACACUUGCAAUUUCUGCCGCCGUGAGUUCCGUUCUGCUCAAGCCUUAGGCGGUCACAUGAAUGUCCACCGCCGUGACCGUGCCUCUAAGGCUCAUCAAGGUCCUGCGGUUAGAAGCGGUGGCGGCAGCGGAGGCGGUAGGACAACGUUUCUCAGUUCUUGUGUUCCACCGUCGACAACGCUUAUAAUCCAAUCCACGGCGAGUAACAGUGAAGGCUUGUCCCACUUCAACCAAUUGCAAAACCCUAAUGGCAUGUUUGGUAAUUCCAGUGAUAUGGUGAAUUUUUAUGGUACUACGCCGUUUCCUUCGAGCAACCUUGAGUUUUCGUUGUUGAACUCGUCGGUAGAGGUUCCUCCUAGGCUUAUACAAUAUCCGACAGGAGAUGAUGAGAAAGCUGGCUCGAUGAAAGAGACGACGAGAACAUCAGUGAAUGAGCCUGAUCUUGAACUUCGACUAGGGCACAGGCCACCGUGACAUUUCACAUUCGUGACACACUUGAGGCCUUUCAUAUCCAUAUCCAUUCAUACAGAGUUUUCUGGUCCGUGAAGGCACUGCAAGUGUAACGCGUAACGUGUUCAAUGCUCGAGAAAGGCAUUAUGAAAGCGAGAGAAUAGAGAUUAAUGUUGAGGAAAAAUGAUCUUACCUCUACCUAAGUUUUCUUGGUGAUGUUGCUUCUGCGUGUGUGCAUGUAUCUAUUUCUCGAUCGCAGUUAUAUAUACUUAUAGUU